AUGGCCCGCCAGCCUCCUAACCCACUCGUCGAGAAGUGCAAGGAAGUCCCUCACUUGGAGCACCUUGAGUUGCUCUUCUAUGAAGACGACCAGAAAGGCUUGCUUCGGCACAAGACGACUGGGGAGGUGGUCCGUCUACCAAACGCCUUUCUGGGACUCCACUUUAACGAGCAUGGCAUGGCCUAUCUGGAGAUUGAUGGGGCUGCGCCGAUGUGGGCAAGCAGCUUGCUGAAGCAUCAUUUGUUCGAGGAUGAACGGUCCUGCAAGUCGGAGGAGUUGCUGGAGAGGCUCUUCGUUGUCAGGAAGAGUCAGGCGGCCAAUGAUGGUCUUUCCCUGGAAUGGUUGCAGGACCAUCGUAGAUCCCACAGCCUUCUGUAUCCCCAGGACACGAUGCGUGGUGCUUUCGAGGAGAGACCUUUGACACUUCUGUGCUUCCAGUGGGUUCCUCAGCACGAGUGCCAGUGCUACUGGCUGCUUCGGGCAUUGACAAACGUGAAGAAGAAGGUUCUUCUCAAGAAGCUGCGUAAAUCCUGGAUCCCGGCUUUCAAUGCCCGCAAAGUGGCGGGCUCCACGGACCAUAAGACUCAGGGGCGUGACGACAUAGUUUGGCCCGAAAGCGCGGCCGUUCCCGAUGACAGGGACACGCGUCAAGGACAUGAUGCUUUCGUUUCUACCAGGUUCAUGGUCUUCCUCAUGGUCCUUCUCACGAAGCAUUACCGGCAUUGCAAGGAGUGGCUGAAGCUGGUCUUCGAGCAACUGCUGCCGAAACGUGUGAAGCUGCGUGUGAACAACAGCGCCCAAUCGGUGCGGGUUCGUCAUUGCCUUGUGGACCUCGGGGAGGUGACCCAGCGCUCUGCGUACAAGGAGCGAAUGCGGCACUGCAAAAGGCAGGUGCCUCUCAGGUUGCGACAAAAGCUGCGGCUGGAGGAGGUCCUUCAUGCACUCUGGCCCUUGAAGGACUUAAGAUGGCUGCUGUGGGACCUGAUAGAUGGGGUCUCUAGGGAGUUGGAGAUCGGGGUCCAUCUCUCUCAAUUUCACAAAGCGCCAGCAGACAAGGAUGCCUUUGUCCAAUCAGAGGCGGACAUGCGGGACCCUCUGGUCCGUCAGAAGAGAAUGGAGGCCGCUCUUGGCAAAGCCUGGAAUGCCAACAAAAGAAAGGGCAGCAAGGCCCCUCAAACGGAGGCGCAGCGGACACGGCUCCGCAUGCAGGCCGAGGCGGCCCGACGCUUCACAAAGACGCUGCAGAGGAAGAAAGAGCGGAGCAGGUACCUCCUUUCCGCACGACGGCUCUUCAACAACGCUCACUUCGUCCACGUGGGCUUGGACGGCGGAAGAGCUGGCGGACGCAAGCGCUGGCUGUACUGUGUGCUGGAUGCGGACACCGGGGUUUCUGCAUGGGCUCCUCCUCUGCGGUUCCAAGAUGGCGGGUACCGUCCCCCUGACUCUGAUAAAGGUCCCUCUGCUGCAGAGCAGAAGAGAUUGGAUGCCAGCAGCUUGCGGUUCCUCGACAGCUUGAAACUCAUAGAGGCCACUGCUCCCACAACGGCCCAGCCCGUAGUUGCCAAGCAGACCCGUGGUCCUUCCUAUGAGCAAGUGGUGGGCCUCGACCAGACGUUGAAGUGCAUGUUUCCUGCUUUGGAGGAGGGUCUUGGGUCCUUCUCGAAGCCAGCUGGGGACAGAGACUUGAGGCUCCUUCCUACCUUGGUCGUGACGUCGGAUGCUGGACCGGACCUUCAAAGUGCGUUGCAGUUUCUGCAAAAUGGUCUUUCUGUCCGCAUGGUCCAUCUAUGGGAGCCACGGCACAGAUUAGCGCGAGAGCUGGAGAACAGCAUCGCGCACACGGUCCAUCUGAAGUCCUCGCUGGGCGUCGCAGAGAUGAUCCUGAACUUUUCCCGUGGUCCAUGGUCUGGUCAUCGCUGGUUUCGGGUCCUCCAGGCAAGUGGAACGCCUGAGUCGUCGGCCCUUCUGCACUAUUUCCGACCCAGAAUUGCCCGUGACCUGGGCUGGAGUGAGGCGGAAACCACCAUGGAGCAGUGCCAGGCCCGUCUUCGAGAAUGUCGGUUCCUUCAUGCGCGAGGUCCUUCCACCACAUCCCGGUGGGACAACUUCCACCAAGGGAAGAUGAGCCAGACACGGAACCCCGGUCCAUCCAUAGAGGCCCCCGAGGAGGACCAGGCGGGGACGAUGAAGGGGGAGACUCGACAGAAGCUCUGGGCACGCUGCUCGAACAAGCUGCACUGUGUUUGCAUGGCCCUUGUUAACGAGGGCCUUCGCUUCGACCUGGAUGCAUGGUUCUUCCUGUCGCUUCCACAGUCUGAGGCCCUUCACACGCUCCGAACAGAACUGCAGAGCGGUCCCUGUGGAGCUUUCAAGGCUCAGAUGUCGGAAUCAGAAGGCGCGGCGCUGGACAUUUGCAACCGCAUCCUGGAGCAGAUGAACUCACCUGACGUGUGGUCCUUCCUUGGCCUGUGGUCUGGAGGUCAGCUGCUGGGAGGGUUCGCUCGCCAGAUGGACCUGGCCCAUCCUGAAGUCCGGCGCCAGUCGGCCCUGAGAAAGAGAAUGCUAGACAUGAUGCUAGCCCUUCUGCAGCAGAAGCUUCUCUACGCUUCGGUUCCUCUGUUUUCAUAUCCUCAGCGACUGGUCCUUCUCGCGUCCCCAUGUGAGGCCACAGCCAACGCAGCAUUGGUUCAUCUGUACCGCUCCUAUUCCGCGCACCAGAUUGCGUGCAGGACCAAUUCCAAGUGGUGCAAAGCGUACGUGAGGCGCUCGCCCUUCCAAUUGCAAGUGAUGAAGGAUGUGACGGCAGUCCUUCCUGUGACCGCCGAGAGGCUUCAUUGGGUGCAGGUGUGUAUAUUCGAUGAGUGGUCCGUCCAGCCUGCCUCGGCGAUAAGUCCUUUGGAACAUUCGGUCCGAACAAAGGACACAUCCGAGCACGAGGUCCCUCUUUUGUGGCCAAGUGGGUCUGAGAAAGACAUUCUGGAGUAUUGCGCCGAGAGGGGGUUCCCGAAUGUAUCGAUGACGGUCCUGAAACUGCUGUUGAAGGAGGAGUUCGGGCAGGACAUGGGUUCCUCGGAUGAGUCUUUGGUGGGGGACCUUCUCCUGUCAGGAAUCAAAUGCGUGUUGGGUCCAUCCGAUGAGAAAGCGGCGGAUGCGCUGGAGCUCGCAUUGCAUGAGCGUGAAAAAGACGAUGCAGAGCUUUUGGACCUUCUCCAGAACCCCCUGUUCAACGAGGUCCUUCAGUCAAAGCAGGACCAACAAAAACUGGAGCAGGCAAUCAAGGAAGCCCAGGCCAGUCAGAGGCAGGUCCUCUCAAUCACAAGGUCCAUCCAGCGGCUGCGGCCUGCUGGGAAGAAGAAGGUCAAGCGCAAGGCUGUCCGGUUCCCGGGAGAUGAAGCAUGGCCUGCUGAGGUUCUUCAGCGUUUCGCACCUGCCGAGUACCGCAUGUACAGGGACGAGUUCAACAAAUGCAUCAGGGCCUUCCAUAAAAGCUACAAUUGGAGUCUAUCGAGGUCGUGGGGCAGAUGUGGCAAAGAAAGCGUUCCAGCACGGUUGGUGCUUCGCGGCGUAUGGACACGCCAUGAGGCACUUCAUCCGAACGACCCCUGCCCCUGGGACUUUCUUGAUGAUUGA